ACUUCUUCUGCCCAGGCUCACAGAGUAGAUAAGGAUCAAAGAGGUGUGAGAAACUAUUGUUUUCUUGACCCUCUGAACUAUUUGAGUGAAGUUCAGAGAGAAGAUGUACAGCAGUAAGAUUUUUUACAGGCCGAUUCUUUUUGAGUGAGGCUAUUUAAUGUUUUGUGAGAAAUACCUACAAUAUCAGUAUUUAUUUGACAAGAAUCUUCUGCAUGCAUCUUCUUAAAAUAACCCAAACAUAUAUUUUUACUUUAUGGUAGAUAGGUCAAGAUGCAGAGAGUGGUGUUCUUCCCAGGGAAGGUAAGUGUUGUGUUCCGCAGGGGACCACUCGGAUUUCUCAGACAGGACCCGUCUGUAGAAGCUAGACGGAUUAAGGAUGACCCCACUCGGCAGGACAAGUCUGCUCCUAUGAGGGAGGACCUCGUGCGGCAGAAUGCUCUGGCUGUGGUCCGUCAGAGAGGGGGGGAUGCCUCAGACAGGACGGAUGUGCUAGGAGACUACAUCCUGCAGUUUGGAAAGUAUAAAGGGAAGGCUUUCAGGUGGCUUUUGGAGAAUGAUGUAGGCUACACAUCUUAUCUUAUCAAGAAUCUCCGUAAGGAGGAGGCUGCAGGUAUCUGUAGGGCCGAGGGGCAUAGCAAGGAUAGCCUACUGUCGUUUGUGAAUUUUGCUCUCAGUUUUUCAGAGAUCCAGUCUCUUCUCGCCUAUGAGGCCAGUGGAGUGGGUGUUGUGGCAGCCUCAUCAGAAGAUGACCAGCUGGUUGGCUUUGGGACCCGGGCUAAGAGUACCUGGAAGGAGACAUGGGACAGCAGAUCUGAUGGCUACGCAGCCUUCAUCAUGGGGAAGAGCUGCGUCCCAGGGACACGUAUGUACAAGCUGCAGCAGUACCUACGGAAGAGGCAGCAAUCCGCCUCUGCUUCCACACCUGCUGAGCCUGCCUCAAGAGCCCAAGCUAAACCCCUGAUGAUGGAUGAGGAUGAAGAACUGGAGAGGGCGAUGUUGAGCAUCUCACCCUCUAAGCUACAACUGCAGAGCUUUGCUGUACCAGUAGCAGCAGCAACAGCAACAGCAACAGCAACAGCAGCAGCUGCCAUACCAGGAGUGUCACCAGGAGCAAAGACAGGUUUUUAA